GCGCGUGUGUGUAAAGAUACACGGCUUUGACGGCUAUAUCAAUCAAGGCCGUAUAAGAGAUAUCAAUCAUGAAAUCCCUUAAAUCCCUAACGGCAGGCCGCGGGGAGCGAUUCUCGGAAUAUCUUCUCUGUAAUGGUGUAAGGGUUUUAUUUUUCAUUUGAGUACUAAAAUUAAAUCAUGGCCCUCCCUGAUGAGAUUUCCCAAGCAAUUGGGAUCCAGGGAAUGGGAAAUGCUGCAUCAGUGUUAAGCAGACCUGCUGAAGAAUUCGGAAAUGAUGCAUCACUGGAGGCUGCUUGGGCUGUAAAAGCUUCAGAGCAUGCUGAUGUUUACUUCAAUAUAGUGUGUUCUGUGUCACCAAGACUGCUGCGCCUGACUCCUCACGAUGAAGAGAUAUACACUCUGUUCAGGAAGCAAUUCCCAGACCUCACUGUGCAGCUUCUCACUGAGGAUCUCAUCAAGAAUGAAGAAGCCAAGAAGGAGUGGCGCGAGUUCUGCAACACGUUCGAGGGCAAGGUGGAGGACUUCAGCUUUGCCACGCUGCUCCGGCUGGACAGCGGCGACGAGUACUCGCAGUCGAACACGGUGGUGGUGCCGCGCGUCCAGUUCUACGCCAUCGAGCUGGCGCGCAACCGCGAGGGUCACAACGACCAGCUCAAGGACAAGUUCAAGCCGCAGCCGCGCACCAAGGCCCGGUAGUCGAGUGGUCGGACGCGGGCUGAGGACACGGCUGGACACAGUGCUGGUGGUGCAGUGCUCUGCGGACAUAGUGCCGCGAAAAGUGGGAACGUGACUAAGACUCGACAUUGAGGUGUCCUUGUGUACGGGAAGGAUCGAUUCUAUCUGUCUGGACACUGGAUCUGCUCCGUUGUGGGCGCAGUCUAUUCGGUCUGUUUACAUUGCGGUUGGUUUCAAGAUCGAACUUUGACUUCAUUGGGUAGUGCUCGUAGCCUUCCGUGGAGGGUUUUGUAAAGAGACGUCUGCAUUUUGACACGCCUUUUUCACAAGGGCAUGGGAGCUUGCGGAUGCCACCGUGCGUAACACAUGCAUCUAAAUGUUGCUCGAGGAAGGCGAUUUAGUUCAGCUUUGCGGCAUUAAUCCGAUUUACCCUCCCCAGGUCAGAGUGGAUGAAGCUCCACAAAGUAUAUCCAUCUUUGCAAACAAUAUUGUUUUAUCCCAGGUCAGAGUGGAUGAAGCUCCGCAAAAUAUACCCAUCUUUGCAAACAA